AAGCUGAAAGAUUUUACUUGCGUCAGCUCCGGCUACCGUGGUCAAUGUGCACAAUAUUUCAUUUGGUCCUCACCUCAGCCCUGUAGGCAUGCAGGCAGCAGGCCUUCAGUUACUGCAUCCCUUCGGAAUCGUUAAAUGAACAGUAUUCAAGCAGCCGCAGGAGUAUGUGUCCGGUGUCCCACUGACACCGAUAAGCAGCGACAACGUCGACACUCAACAUAUCCCAUCCCUUCCUUAUCCCAACGACCUGCACGCUGCAUUUUCAUCACUAGCAUCAGUGUAUUCAAACCUGCAGCUUACACUGAAGAGUGAAGACUGAACUCCACAGAUAUGUUGGCCGAGGGAAGGCAAGUCUACUUGCCGCCGCCGCCGCCGUCCAAGCUUCCUCGUCUCUCCGGCACCGAUCCAACCGACGGCGUGGUGACGAUGGCAGCGCCGUCGCCGCUGGUUCUUGGGCUGGGUCUCGGUCUGGGCGGCAGCGGCAGCGACAGCAGUGGGAGCGACGCGGAAGCGUCUGCGGCCACCGUGCGGGAGGCGCGGCCGCCGUCGGCGCUGACGUUCAUGCAGCGGCAGGAGCUGGAGCAGCAGGUGCUCAUCUACCGCUACUUCGCCGCCGGCGCGCCUGUGCCGGUUCACCUCGUGCUGCCCAUAUGGAAGAGCAUCGCCGCCGCCUCCUCGUUCGGCCCGCAAAGCUUUCCCUCCCUGACGGGCCUGGGGAGCCUGUGCUUCGACUACAGGAGCAGCAUGGAGCCGGAGCCGGGGCGGUGCCGGCGCACGGACGGCAAGAAGUGGCGGUGCUCGCGCGACGUGGUGCCGGGGCACAAGUAUUGCGAGCGGCACGUCCACCGUGGCCGCGGCCGUUCAAGAAAGCCUAUGGAAGCCUCUGCAGCAGUCGCUCCCACAUAUCUCCCGGUCCGGCCGGCACUCCACACCGUCGCCACCCUCGCCACCAGCGCGCCAUCGCUGUCGCACCUCGGUUUCUCCUCCGCCAGCAAAGUGCUCCUCGCCCACACCACCACCGGCACCACGCGCGCUACUUGAUCUCAUUGUUAUCUCCGAGGAUUAUGCCGGUGCACUGUCUGUAACCUUUUUCUCGUAAUCACGCCUCGGUUUGUUCCCAAUGCAUCGUCACGCAUUGCUAGUUUGACAGUUUGCUACCGCUGCCUCUGUGUGUGCCUGUGCGUGUGGCAGCCGAGGUGUUUUUGUUUGGUUGGGUGGUGGGAGGCGCGCCCCGGUGCGGUGGUGGGCGUGGCCCCCGGCUACCUAGUGCUGGUUCCUGCGUGUGCCUGUCGAACCUGUGGAGCGUGGUCGGAAGUACGGUACGCACUGUCCGGUCUCAUAUGCCGGGGCAGAGGGGUUCGGUCCAGUGUGGUGCAGGCGUGCGGAUUGGGAUCACAUGCAGUGGCUACUGCAACUUAUGCAGUCCUAAAGACACCAUUGAAUUAUAAAUUAACGUCCUAGAUCUUUCCUUGAUACUGUUCACAAAUAACAGUGAAAAGUUCCUUCCUGUAGCAGGUACUAUAGCAAUUACUGUUUAAAAUAACUGUAGCAUUUGUUUCAGCCGUUGAUUGCCUUGAUCUAAUGAUGAAAAAUGGUUCCAACUGCUAAACUUGCAAUCUCUUCUAUGACUGCACCGGAUCUGGAUUCCAGGCGUGCAGCGAGGAGUGGUUGGCCCUGCUCAAGAGACCGGUCGCCGCCUCGCCGGUGCCGUCUCCAGCAGCAGUUGUUGCGGCCGCGCUGACUCCGUAUGGGCCGCAGGUUGCAGAGGAGCGGAGUGGCUCGUUGCUGCUGCGGCCUGGAAUCGGAUCCGGUUCAUGACGGUCCAGUAAAAUCAUUUGCUACAUGUAUGAUUCGAUUCCACGUAAUAAAGGAAUUGAGCGAUAGAUCAAUCUUGAUGGUUCAUGUUCAUUCCACCUGCUAGAUUAUAGGCAUUUGAUCAGAUUAUUGAUUUGCUUCA